AUGACGCUGAGUGAAAAUUUUCGUAUUGGACAGGAAUUAUUUAAUCAAAUAGAAAACAAUAAUCCUUCUUCUUCCGAUACUACUUAUCAGGAUCAAAUAAAAGAUGCAAUAUCGCAUUUUAGCAAAUGUCAAAUGGAAAUACCACAAUAUCACCCUUCGAUGAAUCCAAUGGCUGGUCGAGUUGCUAGAAGGCAGAUGAAUUCAUCACCAUCUGGUGCUAAUCAACAACAAAGACAUCCAUCAUCACAAUCACAGACUUCGUCUUCAUCCUCACCCUCAAAAAGAAAGUUUCCUGAUAAUGGAUUUGAACAAAAAGAAUCAGACAAUAAACGAUCAUCCACUUCAAAUAACAAUUCUUUAGAAUAG